AUGCUCUGUCUCAAAGCUGAAGCUCUUCAUGAAGAUCAAACCUUACCUGCGUCAUCUUCUUCUUCUCCAAGCACCGAUCGUAGCUCCGGAAAUACCACUUUUCGUCUUCCCAUCAAUUGGGGAAGCUCGAUCCGGAGGUAUUUGAAGAAGACUGGUACAUUUUCGAGAAGAUCUUACUCUUCUGGAGAUGGGUCUUUGUAUUUUCCUGAUCUCGAUGAAAGCAAGAUGAUUCAUCAGACUAGUGGUAGAUUUGAAGGAAAGAGCAAAUUAUGGUAUAAAUGUGAGCUUGAACAAGAUGUCAAGAGACUGCAGCAGCAGUUACAAGAGGAGAUUAAUUUAGGGUUAGCUUUAACAAGCGCAGUUGAGCACUCUAGUUCGCCGUUCAUGGAUUCGCCUUGUCAACUUCCUGAUAAGGCACAAGAGCUUUUGGACAGCUUAGCGAUACUGGAAAUCACAGUAUCAAAGCUUGAGCAAGAAUCAGUUUCAUUGAGAUAUUUACUUAGGCAAGAGAAGAACGAGCGGCGUCUCUCUGAGAUUCUACGAAAUAAGUCUCAUUAUUCUGCACCUUCAAAGUUCACUGAUGCACAGAGUUUCCCUAACAAGUUGGUGAAAAAGAAAAGAGAGAAUAAACAAGUGGUUUCUGUGGAUAGUGAAGCUUAA